AUGUUCAUCGAUAAUAACUCCGUACCAUUUCAACGAUAUUGCAUCGAUGAAGUCAUCGAAACAAUUCCUCGAGACUAUCCGCCAAAGUUCUAUCAGUACGUCGAUGGAGCCAGACAUUUCAUCAUUAGACGACGUGAUAAUGGAUACCCUGUGGCGGUAUUCGACAGCAAACGAGUUCGAGACGAGCUGUGCAGAGACCCAGUUGGAUGGGAGAAUGAAUGCAUCGACGCCAACCUGGCCAUCGAUCGAUGGAUGGCAAACGAGCGAGGGGAAAAUGGAAAUUUCUGGUUAUUCUACCUACCAUUACUUAACCGAUGGGAAUAUGGACACGAGCGGGUGGACUACGGAAGUCAUGCCACAUACGAACUCCGCGAUAGAGAAGUAAGGCUGUGGUUUGAGUGCGACAUACGAGAAUGCGCACCGACCAAUGGUCCACAGAUGCGCAGACACGUGGCUGAGUUCUUAUACCAUGCCCAACGGCCAGAAGGAUGGGAGUCCGAUUACUGGACCAACUGGCGAAGAGGGACCCAUAGACCCACUCCUCCAAACAGACGAAACAUUCGACCCGAAUUUCCUAUGGAUACCAAUGCAGCAAUCCAACCAGGGUAUGGAAGCGAUGCGUCAAGCGCCAGUACCCGCGUCGAAGACGCCAACGAAUCACACGCCACCGUCCGAACAAUGGAACUCGUCGUUGAUAACAGCGACACAAGCAGCGACGGGUUUGGACGAAUUAUUAGCGACAUUGAGGAUAACCUUGGAACCUGCGUCAUCACAGGACCUGGAACCCAUGGACCUAUACAAUACACAGACAGGAUUAGGGAUGAUGAUGAGUACGAAUGGGGAAUUGAACCAAAUACUGCAGGAAGACUACAAUAUUGGAUCGGAGAUUUUGACGAUGACAACGCCAACCGGAAUGAUCAACGCGAAUCAUAUAAUCAUAGCAUCGAACGAUCAGACGAUGAAUUCCAAUCCGAUAUUAUCAAUACCCAAGGAAAAGACGUUGUGGGAACUAUCCAAUACGCCGUUCAUGCCGGAUACCCAUGGUUUUUCUAUGGAACCUUGGAAGAAAAUAAACGAUACGAAUAUUUGUGGCGAUCAGGAGCGUUACACAUACCAGAUGUCAAGCCACCCGAACCAGAUGAUGUAUCCGACGAUGAAUACGAAUACGACGACUACGAUCGAUAUACCGACAGACCCGAUACACCCUACGAAGAGUCCCCAUAUCCACAAGACCGUUCUUAA